GAAGCCGGGUCCCAACAUGGCGGCCCCCAGGAGUCCCGGGUUCUUCUUCCUGCUCGUGCUGCUCGGCCUGAUCGGGGCGGCGUGGGGCGACGUGGGCUCGGGGAUCUCCCGCGACGAUGACCUGCUAUCACCUUAUCCUCGCGAGCGCGCACGGCUGCCCCGGGACUGCGCACGGGUGCGCGCCGGCCACCGCGAGCACGAGAGCUGGGCGCCGCCUCCCGCGCCCCCGGCGCCCCCCGCGGCCCCCGGCGCAGCCGUGCGUGCCUUCGUGUCGCACUUCGGGGGCCGCGCGGUGGCCGGGCACCUGACGCGCGUCCCCGCGCCCCUGCGCACCGUCUCCGUGCUGGAGCCCGGCGGGCCGGGAGGCUGCGCGCAGCGGCGGCGCGCUACCGUGGAGGAGACAGCGCGGGCAGCCGGCUGCCGCGUGGCCCAGAACGGGGGCUUCUUCCGCCUGGCUUCGGGCGAUUGCCUGGGGAACGUGGUGAGCGACGGGCAGCGCGUGAGCAGCUCCGGGGGAUUGCAGAACGCGCAGUUCGGGAUCCGCCGCGACGGGACCCUGGUCACCGGGUACCUGUCUGAGGAGGAGGCGCUGGACACUGACAAUCCAUUCGAGCAGCUGCUCAGCGGGGUUGUGUGGCUGAUUCGAAAUGGAAGCAUCUACAUCAAUGAGAGCCAGGCUGCCGAGUGCGACGAGACACAGGAGACAGGUUCCUUCAGCAAAUUUGUGAACGUGAUGUCGGCUAGGACAGCCAUUGGCCAUGACCGCCAGGGACAGCUGGUGCUCUUCCACGUGGAUGGACAGACAGAGCAGCGUGGCCUCAGCCUGUGGGAGGUAGCAGAGUUCUUGUUACAGCAGGACGUGGUCAAUGCCAUCAACCUGGACGGCGGCGGCUCUGCCACCUUUGUGCUCAAUGGGACCUUGGCCAGCUACCCAUCCGAUCACUGCCAGGACAGUAGGUGGCGCUGUCCCCGCCGUGUGUCUACCGUGGUGUGCGUGCACGAGCUCCGCUGUCAGCCGCCCGACUGCAGCGGCCAUGGGACCUGCGUGGACGGCCACUGCCAGUGCACCGGGAAGUUCUGGCACGGCCCGGCCUGCAACGAGCUGGACUGUGGCCCCUCCAACUGCAGCCAGCAUGGGCUGUGCACUGACACUGGCUGCCGCUGUGAUGCAGGCUGGACAGGACCCAGCUGUGGUGAAGAGUGUCCGCUGGGCUGGUACGGGCCCGGCUGCCAGAGGCCUUGCCAGUGUGAGCAUCAGUGCCCCUGCGACCCCCAGACUGGCAACUGCAGCAGUUCCCAAGUGAAGCAGUGUCUCCGACCUUCCGAGGCCACCCCACGGGCCGCAGAGCUCUCCUUUUUCAGCAGGACCACAUGGCUGGCCCUCACCCUGGGCCUGGUUUUCCUGCUGCUGGUCAGCGUGUCGGCCAACAUGUCCCUGCUCCUGGGCUCCAGAUCCAAGAGGACCCGGCAUGGGGAUGGGGACUAUGUGUACCACCCACUGCAGGAGGUAGGCGGGGAGCCCCUGGCGGCGGAGAAGGAGCAGCCUGGGUACAGCCACGACCCCUUCAAGGACUGACGGCCCCGCCUGCCCCAGCCCCUCACCCACCGCAGCAGUCUAGAGCCCCAGGACAGUGCCUGUUCCAUGCCUGUCUGGGUCUGCUGCCCAGGACCUGGUCCUAGGAAAGCCUGUGCCAUUGCCAAAGAAUCCCCAGGGACCUGAGCCAACUGGUGACGGGGACAGGCCCCCGGCAGCCCCUGCAUGGGCCAGAACACUUGACCACAUUGCUCACUGUGGGCUCGCCAGCCUUGACCAGUCACAAGCUCCUAGAGGAAGGGCUGAGAUGAUGUUUACAGGUGGAUUCCGCGGUCCGGGGCCUCCUGCCCCAGCUGCACUGAAGGAGCCGCCAGGGGACCGUCAGCAAGCCCUGGCCCUCAGGAUGCCAGGCUUUGGCUGGUGACCAGCGCUCUCAGACCUACUGUGCCCACGCCACCCCCAGAGCCCUCCUCGUGUCCCUGUCCUCUGUUGUGCUGGCAGGGACUGGACACCGGCAAAGUGGUGUUCUGCUGUCUGCCUGCCCAGCAAAUGCUGCUGCCCAGCACCUGUCGCUCCCUCAAUAUUUAUUUGUUCCGGCAAGAUCUCACCAGGCUGGUUUCAAACUCCUGAUCUUCCUGCCUUAGCCUCCCAAGUGCUGGGAUUACAGGCAUGUGUGGCCACUCAUGCUUCAGCAGAGCCUCCCAGAGCCCACUCCAAGCACAUGGUGCAUUUGGGAGGUGGCUCCAGGAAGCAGUGGCAGGGGACUGGGAGGGAGUGCAACCCGUGCCGGGUGUGUACUGAGCAGGGCACAUGCCCAGGCCACCAUCACUCUGUACUGCCCCUCACGCACCACCUGAGACGGGUGAGCUGGGCGCGAGCAGCCAGUGCCUGUGCAUUGCUGGUUGUGGCCGCUUCUGGCAUCCCCUCCACUGGGGCUCAUCGACCCAUCAAGACGCCCUCUCAUGGCUGGGCAUGGUAGUGAUGCCUGAAAUCCCAGCACUGGAAGGGAGGGUGCCCAGGCCACUGCUGCUUCCCAGUCUAGGAGGUACUGGCCCAAGUCUGGAGGGCCUUCAGGGACCAAUUCAAUAGAAGCAUCUGCUUCAGGCCAGCCAGCCUAGACCUAUCUUGGACCCUGUGCUGGAACUGUCCGGCUCCCAGGCCUGCGCCGCACAGAAGAAAGUAGAGAAGCUCUUCUUCCAUGUGGAGAAUACUUGACCAGAACCGAGAGAUGGAGAGGCCAGCUGAUGUGCACAAGAGCCACAG